AGCCCGCGCGCCGGCCGGAUCGCGGAGCCGCCGCGCACGGGACGGGCGCGCGCGCCCUGGGGCCGCCGUGGGCAUGGGCGCGCUGGCCCGGGCGCUGCUGCUGCCGCUGCUGGCCCAGUGGCUCCUGCGCGCCGCCCCGGCGCCCGCGCCCGCGCCCUUCACGCUGCCCCUCCGCGUGGCUGGAGCCGCGAGCCGCGGGGCUUCGCUCGCCCCCGGGCCCGGGACCCCCGCCGCACCCCGCGCGGACGGCCUGGCGCUCGCCCUGGAGCCCGCCGGGGGCGCCGCCAACUUCUUGGCCAUGGUGGACAACCUGCAGGGGGACUCCGGCCGCGGCUACUACCUGGAGAUGCUGAUCGGGACCCCUCCGCAGAAGCUGCAGAUUCUCGUCGACACUGGAAGCAGUAACUUCGCCGUGGCAGGCGCCCCACAUUCCUACAUAGACGGCUACUUCGACACGGAGCGGUCCAGCACCUACCGCCCGAAGGGCUUCGACGUCACCGUGAAGUACACGCAGGGGAGCUGGACGGGCUCGGUCGGGGAGGACACCGUCACCAUCCCGAGGGGCUUCAACAGCUCCUUUCUUGUCAACAUUGCCACCAUUUUCGAGUCAGAGAAUUUCUUCCUGCCGGGGAUCAAAUGGAACGGAAUACUCGGCCUCGCCUACGCCACCCUGGCCAAGCCAUCAAGCUCCCUGGAGACUUUCUUUGACUCCCUCGUGACACAAGCAGACAUUCCCAACGUUUUCUCCAUGCAGAUGUGCGGGGCCGGGCUGCCCGUGGCUGGAGCCGGUACCAACGGAGGUAGUCUUGUCCUGGGCGGGGUUGAGCCCAGCUUGUAUAAAGGAGACAUCUGGUAUACCCCGAUUAAGGAGGAGUGGUAUUAUCAGAUAGAAAUUCUGAAGCUGGAGAUAGGAGGCCAGAGCCUUAAUCUGGACUGCAGAGAGUACAACGCGGACAAGGCCAUCGUGGACAGCGGGACCACGCUGCUGCGCCUGCCCCAGAAGGUGUUCGACGCCGUGGUGGAGGCCGUGGCCCGCACGUCUCUGAUUCCAGAAUUCUCCGACGGCUUCUGGACGGGGUCGCAGCUGGCGUGCUGGGCCAACUCCGAAACUCCUUGGUCUUACUUCCCCAAGAUCUCCAUCUACCUGCGGGACGAGAACGCCAGCAGGUCCUUCCGGAUAACCAUCCUGCCUCAGCUGUACAUCCAGCCCAUGAUGGGCGCCGGCCUGAAUUACGAAUGUUACCGGUUCGGCAUCUCCCCUUCCACGAACGCGCUGGUGAUCGGGGCCACCGUGAUGGAGGGCUUCUACGUCAUCUUCGACAGAGCGAGGAGGAGGGUGGGCUUCGCGGCCAGUCCCUGCGCAGAAAUCGCAGGUGCUCCGGUGUCCGAAAUUUCCGGGCCCUACUCGACAGAUGACAUGGCCAGCAACUGCGUCCCCGCCCAGUCUCUGAACGAGCCGGUUCUGUGGAUCGUCUCCUACGCCCUCAUGAGCGUGUGCGGCGUCAUCCUGCUGGUGCUCAUCGUGCUGCUGCUGCUGCCCUGCCGGUGCCCGCGGCGGCCCCGCGACCCCGAGGCCGUCAACGACGAGUCCUCGCUCGUCAGACACCGCUGGAAAUGACGGGCACGGCCUGACCCCAGGCGACCUCGAACGCGGCGGUCCAGAACGGGACAGGCCGGGGCGGCAGGCAGGCAGGCAGGCAGGCAGGCGCGGGGUAGGAGGCAAAGCCGCUUCCUGGGCGCCGGCCGGACAUCUCCGUCCUGCUCCCAGACGCCUUCCAGACUCACUGUAUUCCAAUCCAUGCACUUAACGCUUCCGAUUCUUCCUCCCCACUUCCAAGAAAAAUGGUAAUAAACUCCUCAUUCUUAACCGAGUCAGAGUGAAUUGGGAUUUAGGCUUGACGGGACCGGUGACAGCUGCUUAGGUGUGCCACUGGAAAAAAAAACAAAAAAGCAAAUGAAAACCCAACAAGCCUCAGCUUGCUCUUUCUCUUUGGUCUUUGGGAAAAGAACGCGCAUAGUUGAUACCCCUUCUAGCUUGCAGGAAGCUUCUUGUAUAAAAAGCACAUUUAAGGGUGUUCAGAAGGCUCGAGACAGGAUGGCAGGAGAAGCAGCCCAGGGCUGAUGCUGUGACCGCCCUGCCCCUUCUGAGUCGGAAGUGCAGCAGCUGCCCCUUUUGGGGGUCCCUCUCUGUGCUCUGAACGGGCGCUGGGAGUCUGCUAAGAGGUCACCGUCCAGCAGUCCUCACCAGCCUCCGCUGACGGCCUCCUGUGCGUGCAGGUAGCGUGGAAGGAAACCUGUUUUGUACCCAAUGCUCCUGUGGUCUUCUUGGUGUGCACAUGAAAAAGCUACCUCUUUUGAGACCUGGACCAGGGUCCUGUGCCCGGGGCAGGGUGUGGGCAGGCUGCCUGCAGCUGUCUCCCUCGCCCCAAGGAGUCCUCACCCCAACAGGUGCACAUAACAGGUGCUGAAGUCCUGUGACCAACACAGAGAGAAGUCCUGCCACCGGGCUGGUCAUGAUCACACAUGCUUACUCUUACUUAAAAUUAAUAAAUAGUGUUUUAAUGAGAAAAAUUUUAUUUCACUAGCUUAGUUUUUUUUUUUUUUUUUCCCCAGAUCUUCUCUGGGAAAAGAUCUGGGGGAAAAAAGAUCGGUUAUUAGCCUGCUGGGAGAUAGCUACGUGCCCGUAACUUCCGAGCAGCUGCUGGGGAGGGAAGAUGCAAGACGGGCGGAGGACGCGGAGGGAAUUCCUACUCUUUCCUGUGCUUCGAAGCCACGUGUCUCCCUCCCAGGACCGCAGGCCGGGGCAGCCCACGCGGGUCUGCUCGGCGGCUGACCUGGGUGCUCCCUCCCCCGGGCGAGGUCCGGGUCUGGUGCCCGGUGUGCAGCGGGGUCCGUCUCUGGGGAGAUCCCCAACUCUGUCACUUAUUCAAGGCCUUUGCCAAAGAAAAGUGGAAGCCUUUAUCUCCCUGUACCCAGCCUUUAACUCUCAUGUAAUUAGGAGAAGGGUGCGAAGCCAGUGCCGUAUCCCUUCUGUCUUGUUUGUGUGCCAAGUUCAGUGUUCGCUUCGCUUUGCUGUUGGGGUGGGUUCGAUGUGUAACGAAAUUCCACCGAUGUGCUAAAUGUCCCCUCUUGCGGGAGUGUCAUUUGUGUUCUCAGCAGGUGACGCAGGAUGUUCCGGCCACCUGCUCUGCUCACGGGGCCACCUCCAUAUGAGAAAUGCGUGGCCGUGCCAAAGAGACACGGAGGCCACUCGGGCUGGCCAUGAUGUCCCCGAAGACACUCCAGCAGCCAGAAGAGGCUUCCGUGUGAUUCUAGCGAGAGAAGAUUUGAGUUGCAUCCCGGAAGGAGCAGGAGGGACUGCAAUGGGAGGCCAGGUUUCGGGGAUCAGGUGCCCAGUGUCAUGUCUGCUCCCAGCUCUUGGAAGAGCUAAUCGUUUCAAAACACAUUUCAAACUUAAGAGAUCUCCAGAAGUCCAAUUCACUUCUUGCCCUGUUAGUUUUCUCAGCGGUUCCUGUUUUGCGGGCCACUUUGCACAGAAGUGACGCCAGCGUCCCUAGACUGUGCCUUCCCCGUGCUCUGAAAAAAUGCAAACCCCUGAAAUGAAAGGAGGGAGCCGCAGGUGUGACCCGGCCCGUUUUGCCGCUGAUUCCUCCGUACAGGCGUCUUCCGUCUCAUUUUGUCAUCGUGUGAGGUUGCGCGGUGGGGAAGCUUCCCACGGCGGCGGGUGGGCGGGCUGCGUUCUCAGGAUGCCUGACAAGUCCGUCUCCAGGUAGGGCAGUUGAAGGAAGUUUGCUCCAAGUCUGUAUCGCAUAUCACAUUUCUCCUCCUUUUCAUCUCAGACAUCAUUGGAUGUGACAUUUUAAUGAAAAUACUUAAAUUACAGAAGCAUAACUUAGCAACAGGAAUGAAAUAGACACCUGAACGCAGGCCGUUUCCUGGCAUGCCUCGCCACUGGGAAUUGGACUUUGACUCAAAACCCUGUUAGGGACGCCCACGCCCUGCAGCUAUGUAAAUUGAGGCUUAGCUUGGCAAGCCUUCAAGGAGGUUUGCUUUGAACAGGAGAGGAGGUGGCAAUCAUUUGAGGGUGUCACUUUCUACCUUGUAAUGCCCUGUGGAACGUGCAGGACGAUGGUUCCCCCUGCCUGAAAGGUGCAACUGAGCAUUAGGUUGUCGUCAGAAACCUUGUCAACUCUCUGAUGGAGAAACAGACACUCCUGGGUGAGUGAACAGCGCUCUUUUCAAUAGGACGAGGCUCUGUGUUCUCGACAGCUCCUUCGCAAGUCUGAAAGGAAAUCCUGCCUUCAGUCACUGAAACUGUUUAUGAAAAAUAGCAAGAAGAUCGAAGGUGAGGAUUGAUUCUGUUUCUCCCGGGAAAUUAAAAGAACCGCAAGUGACUUGGUAUCAGAUCUCCUAGCAUAAACCGUAUACUGUUUCCUCUCUCUGCUAAACCAAAAACAACUACCUAGCAUUGAAGAAAAAAACAGAUGUCCUGUGUGUGACCACGAGGAAUGUUUUUCCUGAACACGUUCUGCUUCUGAACGUUUGGGAGGGCUUUGCCUGAUUCAUCGUGAAACGCGAGAGGCUUUGGUGGGAGAUGCAUUUGGGGUCAGUGACUUCAAAAUUUCCAAUGUGGUUCCCAGCAAGACAGCAUCACUGACUCCACAGAGCUCUGGGUGAUGGAUUUUGAAAGGCGGCUGUGAUUUGGGAAUUGCAUUGUCUCAUUUAAGAGGCGAGGAGGGAUUAUUUAAUUAUUUAAUAGGCUUGGCCAAGCGCGAGUGAGAAUUUGUUAAAUUCCUCUCGCCAUGUCCCUGCUUGGAGGAACUGCCACACAUGGUUCAGUUCUGAGUUCUGGCCUAGUGCCACUCGAUGUCACUGGGAAUAAAUCACCGUCCAACCGUCUGUUCCAUAAACAACAAUAAUUAAGUUUCACAGUCCUUAUCCUUAUUAGUGGAAACCAAAUAAUUGGGUGGAAUCCCAGUGUGUUUUCUCUGGCACAAACGUAUUAGAAUUGAUUGUAGAACUGUUCAGAGGAAAAACUCGCCGCUAAGAAUUUUUUUUAAAGAAAAACAAGCAAACACCAUAAAAUGCAAGACUAUGGGUUUUGCCAAGAGACCUGCUAGAUUUUUUUUGGUGCCAAGAAAACUGCACAUGGCAGAAGUUACUGUGUACAUCUCUAGCAGGUCUUAACAAUUUCAUAUUUGAACUUAUGGCAGUUGACCAAUUAAGUAGCAAGCUGGAAAAAUACAUUUUGAGAGUAGGGAAGGAAAAUAAGAAUAUAACUAAAAGUAUGCUAACAAAAUAAGCAGAAUUAGCUCUUUUGGAAAAGGAACUUAAAUUCCAGGCGUCCUCGGAUUUUUUUUUUUUUUUUUACCCUUAAAGUGGCUGAAUCCAUCGGAGCUGUGAUUUGUCUUGCGGAGCCAGCAACCCCAGACUUCAAGAAUAUUCAACGUUGACAUUGGCAAAAGGAGAAAAUGUGGCCUGGUGGCCUGCGUGGUGCCCACACCGAGCAAGGAUUGGUGCAUGCUUGGGACGGAGUGGAGACUUGGUAAAUUCCAGAAUUGGGGAAGGAGGUCGUACCCCGCUGUGGGCAGUUGGCCGUGAGAGUCUGCACAGCCGAGGACACCGGCAGGAUGCACAGCACCCCAUUGCACCCCAAGUUUUUGGCACAGCCGAUUUUUUUUUAGGAAUUUUGCAAAGGAACUCCUCAUGAUCGAAAAUUUGUCAGAACAAUUAAGCCAAGAGAAAAACUGCUUUGUGGUCACGUUUAGAGCAUGUCUGUCCUAAUGAGACUAGAGGUGCCGGAACACUCCUGGUGGCAGUUGCCCUUUUUGUGUCAUUGAGAGCCGGAGCAGCCCGGACCUGACCUUGUGGGGGACCUGACCCUGCGGGCCCAGCCCUCAGGUGCUGGAGGUCGUGCAGUCUCCUGCUCCAGGACUGUCCUCUAUCAGAGACACUCCAGAGAAGGAGCUUGAGGCUCCCCCCGGCGCUGCUGCCAGCCUCUGUGCCCUCGGGCUCCGGCAGCCCUGGCAGGUCCAGGUCGGUCGUCCUGGGGCACAGCCAGGCCUGUGGGGGAGGAGCCGGGAGUCCACAUUGCCCCGAGCUGCCCAGGGGAGAACGGGGAGCACAGGUGGGCUUGGGCAGGUGCCCUGGGCUGGCGGUGUGUGCCAGCCUGGAGGUAACGGAAGGCCUUUAGCAAAAUUUGUGGAAUAUGGACCUGAGAACAAGGCCACCCCUCCUAGUGACAUCAGCGUGUGGGCAAACCCUCUAGUCCCGUCAGUGACCAGAAUCAGGCGAGAGCAUUGAGCAGCUUCGACUGAUAAAUACAGCCUCUUCUCCCCUACCCACGAGGUUUCUUACAAUCGGAUGUUACCUACAGAUGUCUCAUGCUGCUAAACUGAAUUGCACCAUGUACUUUUUACAGCGCACUUGCUCUCAGCAAGCACAGGGUAGGUGAAGGCUGGGCCAAGGGGCACCGUAAAUCCAGCCGGGGCCAGAGCGCCGUGGGGGACCGGGUCUCUGGCCCAGGCUCUGUGUGCCCCAUGCUCCCUUCGGGGACUUGCUUAGACACCGCCGUGAAAGCAGUGGUUCUGGAUCUUUCCAGUUAGCAUCUCGGAAGACAAGAAAGGACGGGGAUGGUAAAACAUGUCUCGCCUCUGGGAAUCACCCGGCAGCAUGAAGUGGGCAUGCAUCUCCCUGUACAGAUGGAGGAUUGUUUGCGUAAGACCAACGGGGUAAAGUCUAAGCUGUGUGUAACACGCGUGCGCCUCACACAUGGCGGUCUGAGCAAACUCUUCUGCCGCUGCGGAUUUGCGGUUAUAACAUCAUAUAGCUAUAAACGAUGGAUCUGUAAUAAAGACUUCAAAUAAGCUGUCUUUUUUAGUGGCAUCAAUAAAAGACUAGAAGCCUUGAGCAGCCUUUGCAACCUGCCUCCUUUAACACCGAUGUCUUUCCGCAGGAUUUUUUUCAUUUGGGUUGAAAUACAGAUGCAUUUUUAUUCACAGUGCAUGCACAGAUCAGAAUAUCAUAAGGAGGCAAAUGUCACCAAAGGUCAGGGCUGUUUUUCCCUCGGUUAAAUGCUAUAGAUACAUAUGGAGGGAAGGAGGUUGUUGACAGUUUCUUGUUAUGACAGGUUUCAGCUUGCCGCUACCUUGUGCCCAUCGAAGUCAAAUUUUACAGUCAGAUUUCACAUUUCUGAUGUUAUCGCUUCUGAAUGGAAAUGUCAAGAAAGCAUUAAAAAGAUCUCUUUUUGAGAUUAAAGAAGUGAACAAAUCUAAUGAUCUGUUAGUCUAUGAUGAAAAUCACACGAAGAUAAAAUUCCUUAAUUUUUAUGCAAUUUUGCAUUCUUUGUUGCUAGUGAUCUAAAACUUGGCAUUGUUUUUUCUCCCCCCCCUCAUUUUCCUAGUUGUAGCUGUAAUGUCUCACGGCCAUACCACUGAGGUUUGAAGUUCCGGGUAGCAGCUACUCAGUACAUGUGAGAGGACAGAGAACGAAUGAGAUUUGUCAUGCGCUGUGAAAGCUGACUUUUUGUAAUCUGAAACGAUGUAUUUCCCGCUGCUUCUGUUAAUUUGCACUGUUAAAAGUUCUCUAAAUCUAAAACACCUAUGUUCAGUCAUUUGAAGAGGCCGCUCAUCUUUUCUUAAAGUGGAUGGCUUUUCUGCUGUGCCCGCAGCCAGUACUUUGGUUCCGGUGUAAGAGCUGCAAGCUGCGUAUUCUAAAACAGACCCUAAAAGUAGUGCUUUGCAAAAUGUAUUUUGUGUAUAUCUCAGAUUAACAUCCUUUAAUACAUGAUUCUUAAAGUGUAACUAGUAUUUCCAGAAAUGCUUAAAAUUAUUUUAUAUUUCCCUUUUGGAAUUCUUCUCUAUUUCCAGUACACCGAGUUGAUUUAAACUUGUGCUGAGACCAAGCAUUAAAGGAUAUUCAUUCCGUCCUAGAAGUGGCUUCCUAAACACUGACAAAUGUCCAAACCAUUGUGCCCUCCAGAGCUGGAGUUUUCUAAAAUAAUCUUAUUUUUGUAUUUGUAUGUUCCACCAAUUUAAGGUAUAUACAACUGAAGAGAGAAAACACUUUUGUUUACUUGAAUAAAUAAUACUUCCAA